AUGUCCGCUUUCACCACUGUCGCUUCGCAACAUGACCAGUAUUAUUCUGAAGAGUUUGCUCCUACAUUGUACAACAGUCAAAGCCAAUGGACCCAGCAAUUGAGCGAACCGUACCCUAUUUCCGGCUCAGCUUUCCUUCCAAUUGGGGUUCCAGGCGGACCAGUUCAUUACACCUCUUCUCCCUCUUCACCUCAAUCCCAAUCACAUCACAUCCAAUAUUUCGACAAUGAUUGCCAACAUCUGCAUUGGGUUCCUGAUCCCAGGAAUGGCAGUCCCGCCAUUUCCGCUUCUUCCCCGGCCUCCAUUUCAUCAUACACCUCCAGUUCUUACUAUGCUCCCACUCCCCCCGCCCAAUCGCCGUCUCCUUCUCCAUCUGUCUCAUCGUCAUCCUCACCUCCGCCAUUCGUUGGGCCCAUCCGUAACCGCCGACCCCAUACCAAAGCCCAGAAAUCCAGUCACAUCCCUCGCCCACGCAAUGCCUUCAUCCUCUUCCGCUCUCACUUCAAUGAAACGAAUCCUCCGAAGGUAUCCCCCACUGGCAAGCGGUUGAACCAGAAUGAGCUCAGCAGAGAGGUCGGGCGUGUCUGGAACGCCAUGUCCAAGGAGGAGCAGCAGCCAUGGAAGGACAAGUACGAAGAGGAGUUGAGGUUGCAUAGGCUGAAGUACCCCGAUUACGCGUACGAGCCAAGGAGGAGGGCCGAGGGGAGGAAACCGAGGAAGGAUAGGAAAGUGAAAACGGUGUCGAGGGAAGUACGGGUGCACGAUGGGUCAGAGAGCGACAGCGGAGCUUCCAUAGCGAGCUUUGCAUACCCAAGUCCUGCCUCGAGUUCGCCAGCUCUCAGUCCCGAGUCUGUUCCCUUCUGCUUCCCGGGAGAUGGGGAGGCAGGAAGUCCCAAGCAAGUUGUUCACCUCACCGACAACGAAAGGCCUUCGACCCUAAACACCGAACUUGACAUGCACAUGGGUUCCUUCAACUUCAACGACAGCGCGGACCAGGUCGACGCGGACCCACUUCGGGACCAGCUCUCUGCCCUUCAGAUCCCUCUCUACCUCGACUUCGGUUUCAACUUCGACUUUUCCGAUGUCCCUGCUCCAGCCGACGCGCAAAUUGACGCUCAGUACGAUGCGCUUGUCCAAUCGUAUAUCAAUUUAAACGCGUUCGAAGCUUGA